UGUGCUCACGUUCCUGUCAACUACCUGUUGUGCUCGCUUUAUCCUUUCCAGCAACAUGUCCGGCCGCCAACAGCGUGUGAUGGUACAGCCCAUCAAUGUCAUCUUCAAGAACCUUCAGCAGCGUGUUCCAGUUCAAAUCUGGCUUUACGAUAAUGUGGAAAUGAGAAUAGAAGGCAGAAUUAUUGGCUUCGACGAGUUCAUGAACGUGGUUCUUGAUGAUGCGUCCGAGGUGUUCGUUAGUGAGGAGAGCAAAUCCCCUCGAUCUCUUGGACGAAUCCUGCUAAAAGGCGAUAAUAUCACCCUUAUACAACCAAGUUCCCACUCGUCUAUGGCCUGAACUCGAUCUGGUAGUCCCGUGUCAGUCUACGUGCAGUGUCAUAUCAUCUCUCCUUUGCUCGAGAUGAGGGCUUUUUGGGUGUACGCGAAGUGAUACGCAGCUGGCCUUCGGUAGCUUACAAUACGUCCUCAACUUAGUGUAACACUAUUUACCAUGGCUUUUU